UGGAAGGGCAGUGGGGUGCAGUGGGGGUCAGACAUGAGGUUCGGGCACGUUCUCCAUCUCUUUAGCACAGCGGGGAGCGACGCCCUACGCCCCGCUGGUGUGUGCAGGAGAGGGCCCGCCCGGGCCCGGCCAGGCCCGCGUCGCUAUGGCGACAGCGCCGGCGGCUGCCAUGGCGGAGAAGGAGAGCGCCGAGGGUUGGCUGCCUGGCAUGCUGAUGAAAUCAGGAGUUUACUGGAGAUAACAAUUGAUGGCAGAGUAGCUGAAAUUGAGAAAAGGAUUAGAGAAGCUUUUGAGGUGUUUGACCGGGAAAGCAAUAAAACUGUGGAUGCCAGAGAUAUUGGUUGCAUUGUCAGGUCACUGGGUUGCUUCCCAAGUGAGGCAGAACUACGUGAACUCCUUGCAAAGUUAGUACAAGAAGAAGAAGAUGAAGAAGCAACCAGAUUCAUUCAUAUGGAAAAAUUUCUUCCAGUGAUGACAAAAGUACUACUUGACAGAAGCUACUGGCCUAUUCGAGAAGAUGUUCUUCUACAUGCAUUUGAGGCUUUGGAUGAGAAUAAAUGUGGAUAUAUUACUAAAGAGGACCUGGUCAAAUAUUUGACUGAAGAAGGUGAGCCCUUUACUGAGGAAGAAAUGGAGGAAAUGCUCUCCAUUGCUCUAGAUCCAGAAACAGAUACUCUUCACUACAGAGACUACCUUUCAAAGUUGGUAGUAGAUGAAACUAAGAUCUUCCCCUUUCAUGUUUGAGAUGCCUUUUGGUAGCAAGAGUGAGCUUGGCACAUAGUUGAAAUAUGUAUUUUAAAGUAUAACAAUCUGUGACUUGCUGCUUAUAAUUAAAAUAAAAUCUGUGAAGUUA